UGAUGGGUACUGAUAGACGGCACUGACUGGCAUCACUGCUGGGCACUGACUGGCGGCACUGACUGGCACACCCGCUGGGCACUGACUGGUGGCACUGACUGGCAGCACUGCUGGGCUGCACUGGUGGGUGGCACUGGUGGAUGGGCACAGGUGUGUGGCACUGGUGGGCACAGGUGGGUGGGCACAGGUGGGUGGCACUGCUGGGCACAGGUAGAGUGGCACAGGUGGGUGCAUUGCUGGGCACAGGUGGGUGCACUGCUGGGCACAGGUGGGUGAUCUGCUGGGCACAGGUG